UUUAUAUAUGAUUAACGUUUUGGUUCAGUGGAAUCGAUGUGAAGCAAAUUUCGCUAAUGUUGCAUUCGUUUCAUUUUCCGUAGCCGAGUCUUCAUUCCACCUGUAGACAAGAUGGCGAUGCUUUUGAGAUCCGUAGGCAGGCAGAGCCUGUUGAGGCAGCAUGCAGUGUUUGUCAACAAGAUUCCGAUGUCUUCAAGUACAGCCUAUGAAGAAAUGCGGAAGUACUGGGACAAGAACAGACAGCUGAAUCGCCCGCUCUCACCGUUCCUUUCCUCAUACAGGCCACAUCUCGCCAUGACCAUGUCUCUGACUCACCGAGUGACUGGUGUCGGCAUGUCGGUAGUUGUGUCCGGUGUCUCUGUCCUGAUGCUGAGUCUCCCAGAGAGCUACCCCUACUAUCUACAGAUGAUCAAGGAUUUGUCCCUGGGGCCAGCUAUCCUCACCGGGAUGAAGUACUCGCUAGCUCUGCCUGUCACAUACCACUUUCUGAACGGAAUCAGGCAUUUGGCAUGGGAUGCGGGAUACGGUUUCGGACUGAAAAACCUGUACAAGUCGGGCUACUUUGUGAUGGCCCUGUCCCUGGCUGUAUCCACAGGGUUUGUGUUUGGUAUGUGAAGUCAACAGUAGUUUUUCAUCUCAAGCAGCUGAUGUGUCUAUGCUUGAAGAAGCCAGCUGGCAGGCCGUCAUAGGAACAUCACUAGCAGCUUGACCAGAUCUGCUCAACACAGUCAUAUUCACAGGAGAGUGUUUGUUCCUGCCCACACAAAGAUCAACUUAAUAAUGCCAGUUAGUUGAAAGUGAAUUGAUGUGCGAUAUGAUCUCUGAUGAAUCUGUGUGCUGGACAGAACACAAUGGACACAUGAAACCUCUUGUGGAUUCAGUUAUUGAAAACAUUCAAUCUUGCCACCAAAUCUUGGAGUUUAUGGUAACAAGGUGUGUAUGUUCUGGCGGACAGUAUGACGGUGUCCAUUGUGCUCUUGUUAAUUUGCAAUGAAUCACAAAUCCUUACUUAAGUUUGUCUGUGCCCUGAUUAUCUUCUUUAUCUGUGAAGCUGGCUCAGGCUCUGUUCACAUAUUGCAUGUUAAAACUGGUUGAAAGUGAAUGUAUGCACGGGAUGGAAGGUAUGAAUAUAUACUGCUGUUACACAUUUUUGUAGUACAGUGUGCUUAAUAUUAGUGGGAAAUGGUUUUUAAAGCAGCUUCAAAAUAAAGUGAAUUCAGGCCAAAAACAUUUCAAUUAAAGGAUUUAGUGGGUAUGUGAAACAUCUCCUUUUGUACUAUUUUGUCUUUUGAAAUUAUCUCUGAUGGCUUUCAUUUUGUGGAAAUAUUGUCCUGUGUGGUUUUAAUAAUAAUUUCAAUCAUGGAGAAACACUGGCUGAGAUAUGUAGCUUGUUUGAUCAGAUAGAUAUAUUUGAAACAGUGGAAUUCUAAUUUACAUCAUUCAUGCAUGAUGAACAUGAUAAAUGUAUCUGUUUAAAUUAAAAUAAAUGUUUUGUUAAAUAUA